AUGAUCCAAACAACGCCAGCGACUGGCCCAGGACCCAGUUCUGGGCGCCUCAAAUACGCAGAUCCCCGCGAUCUCCCUAGCUAUCCUUCGACAGGACUUCGACCUGACGGCGCCGCUGCCAGUGCUGCUGCCUCUCUUGGAUGGGCGAACCAGAAAACCAUUAAGUGCUGGAAGCCCGACAAAGUCUCGUCGGCAUCCGCAGCCGCCGUUUUGGCCAAGGACUACAAGAUGGCGCCGGCCUGGGAACCGACAUCCAACUCGGCCGGCCACAAGGCCGCGCUUCUGGCCCUCGGCUCAGCCAACACGAUGAACAAGGCGCCAGCCCAACGAAGCCCCCAUGGCGGCUGGGGGAGCUCUGCAGCCACCCAAGCCUUUAAUACGAACCGCUCCAGCUCGACCAGACAGGUGCACCCCUCGACCUCCACCAAGUCGUUGCAAGGCCAGAGAUCGCUCGCCGCUGCCAAAGAAGCCAUGUCUGGCACAAGACCUCGAGCCAUCUCGACGCCCGCUCCUCCUUAUUCCCUGGAGUCGAUGGCCGCCUCCAGUGCUCUGAGCGGCGCUACCAUGGCCCACCAGGCAUCGCUUAGGUCUAAGCCGUCAGCAGACAACGGCGGCGCAGUGUCCGUCACCACCAUGACUCGCAAUAUGUUUACGUCGCAGCCGCCUGUCAAACCGGAGGUGGAUGAACGUGAGAACAACGAGAAGUUGCAUGCAACCGCCGUCGCAAUGGCGCGGCAAAUGUUCACCCAACAGCAAAAGAUGAUGGACCAGACCAAGGCGAGCCAGGGUCAAGACUCAGGCACCACGCAACCAAAACCAUACGUCAACCUCCAGGAAGCCGCAUACAAGCAAGCCCAGGAGCGGUUGGCCAAGAUUGAAAAUGAACACCAGAAAAGCCGUGAAUUCAAUGACUACUACGGUAGCUCACCAUCAGUUCGACGCCGUUUCUCGCUGACCUCAAAGCUGCGGCGCAGGGCCUCUAGCGACGGGGAUCUUGACGACCGUGAGCAGACUGAGAAGAUCCGACAACAGAUGUCAUUAUUUUCCAAUAAAUUGUCUCAGGUUGACCAACAGAAGCGCAAGAAGGACCGUGAUGCACUGAUGGCUGCAGCCCAACGCAAUGUCAAGGCCCAGCUCCAAGGCAUGGACAGAAAGGUCUUCGAGGAAACCGGCCAAGUGAACCCAACCAUGUUGACUGAGUGGGAUCUCAAAGCCCACCAGGUUGCAUACGCAAACCACCAGUCACGUACUGAGAACAAGGGGAAGGUUGACAUUGGCGGCGGCAAAUUUAUGGCUCCAGAAGAGGUUGAUGCCAUCGCGUCCAAGAGGGUGCAACCUGUGUUGGACGACAUCAACGAAAAGGCCGCAGCUGAGCAUGAGCGACUGGCUGCCCUGAAGAUGGAUGAAGAAGCAAAAAAGGCCGAGAUGGAGAAACAAAAGGCUCGGGAUCGUGAGAUUAAAGAAAUCAACAAGAAACUUAAGGAACAAGACAAACAGGAAGAAAGGGCCAAAAAGGCCGAAGCAAAGGCUGCAAGGGCAGAAGAGAAGCGUCAGGCCAAUGAAGAGAAAAGAUCGUCAAAGGCGGGUUCCGCUGGCGUGGGCGAAGGUGAUACGAAUGACAACGAAGUUACCAAGGACAGUGAGCAUCAGGACGCUCCUUCAACAGAAAGGCCUCGACCGGCAACCAUGGAAACUGACACGACAAACACGGACAAUGAGAGACGAAAAUCUAACGAAUCUCCAAUAUCACCAACAUCCAAGGUCAAAGGAUGGAUCAAGCAGCGGUUUUCGCGGGGCAAGUCGGUUAGUGAGAGUGAAAGACCGAGCGACAAGAAACGUGGCUUCCUUGGAGGUGCUGCUCUCCGGGAUUCAGACCCAAAUCGCAGCACAACAAGUCUGGACAACCGACCGACGAGUAUGCGAGAUGUUGCCCUUGCGGGUAGGACCAAUGGACCUGACAUGAACGAGACUGACCCGGUGCAAGACUCUCGAGGAGUUAGCCCUAUUAGCUCCGAGGGGAACGUUCCGGACGAUGUCAUAACUCCUCCUCGGCCGAUUGGGGGUCAUGUUGUUCGCGAUAGCCACAGCCCUUCCAGGGAUUCCCGAUUCCGAGAGAUGAUGGAUCACUGA